GUCAGAUGAAGACGACCCAAGUGGAAGCAAGUAUACCAGAAUGGAGGACGAUAAUAUUCAGGACAAGGAGCGAUUUGCAAGUAGGGAGAAUCAUUGCGAAAUUGAGCGGAGGAGGCGGAACAAGAUGACGGCUUACAUAACGGAGUUAUCCGACAUGGUUCCCACGUGCAGUGCCCUUGCCAGAAAACCCGACAAACUCACUAUCCUGAGGAUGGCUGUGGCUCACAUGAAACAACUCAGGGACAUGUUCCCAGGUGUACAAUUGGAUCGUCAGCCUGAAGAAGAGAUGCAUACAUCUCACUGCUGUUUGGUAGCAAUAGGGAGGCUGCAAGUUACAUCGACACCAAAUACUAGUGAUAUGUCUGGGUCAAGCAGCAACGCUGAAUUCAUUUCGAGGCAUUCGAUGGAUGGAAAGUUCACAUUUGUCGAUCAGAGGGUCAUGGGAUUGCUAGGAUACUCUCCACCAGAGCUACUGGGAAAAAGUUGUUUCGAAUUUUUCCAUCCAGAAGAUCAAACGCAUAUGAAGGAUAGCUUCGAACAGGUAUUGAAACUGAAGGGUCAAGUUUUAUCGGUCAUGUACCGGUUUCGGGCGAAGAACAGGGAGUGGGUUUGGCUACGAACAAGUGCUUUUUCAUUCUUGAAUCCGUAUACUGAUGAAGUGGAGUACAUCGUAUGUACAAAUACAACCGCAAAAUCUUUACAUUCGACGAAUGAAGCACCUGCUGAAACUCCAGAACAAGUCAGCUAUCAACAACCUGGUAUAGAUUAUAGUUUACAAAGGCGUGAUACUGGUAUAUAUUCACACAUGUUACCGACAUCGCAUAUACAAAGCGAAUACUUACCAAUGUCAACUACAAACUGCAGUGACCGUCCAGACGAGUCAAGAUAUCCAAGACCCAGUAGUGUUCAGAAUGUGUACUCGUCCUACGAACCCACACAAUCUCCCAUAGCCUAUGGAUCACCUUCACAGGCGAGUGCAAGUGGCAGCAGUUUGGCCAGAUUAAGUAAGGGAAGUACCACAAGUCCAACCCCUGCUGCUGCUGCUUGGACUUUACGACAAACGGCACCUGAUGGGUAUCAAUACCCUAGCCCUCGAUCACCUGGUCCAACAUACACACAGCUUAGUGGUGGUAGGUCUGGACCUAAUGCUGGAGUGACUGCUUCUGCUUAUCAGUGGACUAAUUGGCAAAAUGCAGCUCAAGCAUCAGAAUCAGGUUCAAGUAAUUCAGGACCUCCUCCCCAACCUCAACCUCAUGAACUUUCAGACAUGCUCCAAAUGUUGGAUCAGGGAGGCGCUGCCUCAUUUGAGGACCUGAAUAUGUUUAAUUCCACGUUUGAAUGAAAUAUUUUUUUUUUUAGAUUUUGUUUAAAGUGACACUUUGAGUGGAAAAGUGAAGCGUGUGUGUCUUAUUUAACUGGGGUUGUUGGAACUUAUGAAGCAACUCAAUCUAAAAUGAUACUGAAUCACAAGACUACUUUGUUAUUUUGACUGUUGUGACGUCCAAGAUUGUAUAGCUUAAGAUUUGGCAUAAUGCUCUAUUAAAACUUGAUAGUGUGAAGUAGUCGAUA